GAUCAAAUUGAACAAGGUGGCACUCUAGAAGUUCUACUUAUGUCCAGGUCUACUUCUGGGAACCUUUCCUUUUGCCUUAUGCUUAAUUCCCUGGGCGAUUUCAAAAGGAUUGAAAGGUGCUCGCCGAACAGACGAUCACAGGCUUCACAGCUCUGAGUAGUCCUUGUAACAAUGGCCGAGAAAUAGGUUAAUCUAUGAUAGGGAAUCAGGGAUCUAACCAAAAGCAGAGACCUCUCCGGUGUCCUCCUCGACUGUGGACAGUAUAAUCCCGGAGUGUUUCAUCCAUGUGUUUCUCGGGGAAACAACUCGCAGUGUGGGAGGACUUGAGAUGGUGUCUCAUCGAGGACGCUCUGUUUCGUGUGCUUACAGUCUAAUCCUGGCACACGACCAUGCUGCUCCUGUGCUCGAGAAAGUUAUAAAAGACGUGACUGGUGAUUGGAUUUUGUUGUCAGCUUCUUCUCGUCUCGGUCGGCAUGCGCUGCUUAUUGACCGCCUUUGUCACCCUCAGCCUCGCAGUAGUUUCCUUAGCGGCGCCCACUUUCAGCCCAUAUAAUGUGCAUGAGAAACGCAUCGCCCUUCCUAUUGGAUGGUCUCAUAGUCGAAGACACAAAAGUACGGCAACCCUCCCUCUGCGCAUUGCUCUGAAACAGAACAACAUCGAGUCCAUCGAUGAAUAUCUUAACGAUGUUUCUCACCCAAAGUCAGCUAACUACGGCAAGCACUGGACUGCAGGAGAGAUUGCCCGAAAAUUCGCACCCUCGGAGGAAUCCAUUUCCACUGUCAGAGACUGGCUUAUUGAGAAUGGGCUAACAAGCGAGCGCAUUGGUGUAAGUCCCACCAAGGGUUGGAUUAACGUCGAUAUCACUGUCGAAGAAGCGGAACGGCUCAUGAACACCGAGUAUAAUGUUUACACUCAUGUUUCUGGACAGGAGCACGUUGCUUGCGAAGCAUAUCACCUCCCUGAGAACAUCAGGGCUCAUGUCGACUUUGUCCUACCUUCCGUCAACUUCGAUGCGAAACUCAAGCGUCGAUCUGAUAGUCAGCAGGAAUCCACUCUCGCGAUUGGUCAACCUGGUGUAGGAAUCACCCCGAAGACUACUGGCACCAUUUCGCAGACAGUGACUGAGCUUGAGCAGUGUGAUGAGUACAUCACUCCGAUUUGCUUGAGGGCUCUAUAUGGACUUGUAUACGAGCCUGUUUCUACUGAGAAGAACAGCUUCGGCGUCGUGGAAUAUACUCCUCAGGCGUACUUGCAGUCUGACCUGCAACUGUUCGCUAUGAACUAUUCUACUGAUCUCAUCGGAAAGGAGCCAGUCCUGGUUUCCAUUGAUGGAGGCUAUGCACAAACCGAGUACCAAGGUUUCGAAUACAACGGCGAGUCAGACCUCGAUCUCCAAUAUGGAAUGACACUCGUCACUGGCAAGCAAAAUGUCACUCUUUACCAGACUGGUGAUAUGGUGGAAGGGGCCUCUUUCAACAACUUCCUCGAUGCCAUUGAUGGGUCAUACUGCACGUUUGAGGGUGGUAACAAUUACACUGUAGAUUCCGAAUAUCCCGACCCAUACGGAGGGGGUUAUGAGGGGCCCGAGGACUGUGGCACUGUUACGCCUGCCUACGUUAUAUCAACAUCAUAUGGGUACAAUGAGGCUGAUCUCACUCCGUUCUAUACUGCCCGUCAGUGCGCAGAGUAUGCCAAGCUUGGCUUGAUGGGUGUUACCAUCCUGUACAGCUCUGGAGAUGAUGGUGUUGCUGGUAAUGGUGAUGUUUGCUUGAACCCUAAUGGCACUCAGAGCGUAAACGGUACAAUUUUCAAUCCCACUUUCCCUGGUGUCUGCCCCUACGUCACAUCUGUCGGCGCUACCAUGGUCAAGCCAAAUGCAAGCGUCCUCGAGGCUCAACCUGAAAUGGCUUGCAUGGAAGUCAUCUACUCGGGUGGAGGCUUCAGUAACUACUUCGCGAUGCCCUCGUACCAGCAGAGCGCUGUCGAUUACUAUUUGGAAAACUAUCCUCCCAACUACCCUCCAAAUAUCUGGAACUCGACUGGGAAGUCUCGUGCUUUGCCUGACAUUUCUGCCAACGGAGCUAACUACGUUGUCGCUAUCGACGGUGAAUUCGAGCUUGUGUAUGGAACUUCCUGUUCUUCACCAGUUAGUGGCGCCAUCUUUACGAUGAUCAACGACGCCCGUCUCGCCAUAGGAAAGAGCCCGAUUGGGUUCAUCAACCCUACGAUCUACUCUGAGGAUUUCGCAGGUGCCUUCCAUGACAUAACUGAAGGGUCAAACCCAGGCUGUGGUACUGAAGGUUACAACGCAACCGUUGGAUGGGAUCCAGUCACUGGUCUUGGUACUCCCAAUUUCCCUAUAUUGCUCGAGAAAUGGCUGGCUCUUCCAUAGAAUAUGAUAAUCGCAUCUAGUGAUCCUGCUAUAAAGCAAAUCCGCACUUCUGUGUUCAUAAUUGGCUCAAUAGAAUUUUCUUGAUCUCUGCCCCCGUGUUACAUAUCUGCUCAAAUAACAUGGCCGAAUGCCUUGCGCUUCCUCCCGUCUUCUAGUUCUUCAUCGUGGUUGCCCUGAUAG